ACUAUGUCUCGCUAUUUUCUUUUUUACUAUGAUCAAUCGAAAAAUGAUAUUGACAAUAGUUGAAUGAUCGACGCGCGUGCUCACCAAUAUGGGCAAAAAUUCAAGAAUGGUCUACACUUGGCAGUCAGGAAAAAGCUGCCCUUAUUCUCCCUUGGCAUUCUUAUGUGAAUGUCAUUGACUCAAGGGGCUAUUGAACACAUGAUAAAAUAAAUGAUAGAAUAACUUCAAGUAUCAUAGACUACCUCGCGAUGCUUGAGAUUCCGGAAUCCCGGUUCUUUACCCGAAGUCGGUCAAAGCGCAUCCUCGACUCGCGGCAUCAUGGCAGACCUCCCGAAGCCUGACUUGUAUUCACUCCCAACGAGCCCGCCGAAUUUCGACAAGGUUGGGACGUUCUACAUUGCCUUCAGUUCAACAUGGACGUUCCUCUUGGUGGUCGGAAUGGCCUUCCUCAUUGCCAAUCGUAGCAAUCCGAUUCUCAAGAUCCGCGGUCUACCCUUGUCACUCACUGCUAUCGCUUUCAUUCACUUCUACUGGAUACUGGCCCAGAUCACAUAUCCAAUAGGGGCAACUCUUCCCGUCCUUCCUGCGUAUGACAUACAGUACUUCUUCAUGGGUAGCUGGUUCCCGCUCGGAGUUGCUCUCUUCCAUGCCUCGAACACGCGUUUCCUAUAUGUCGCCAAGCUUCAAAAGCAGUACACGCAACCUCCUAAUCUUCGAAGGAAGAAGACUGGUUGCAAUGGAGCCAACACGUCGUGGCUUUGUAGCCUGAGAAACUUAGAUGACCCUACGAGAAUCUUGAUUUAUGUUGGCAUUGGGAUGUUCAUCCAGAUUCUUCUCACUGUCGGCAUGUGGCUUGCAUGCAGCAAGUAUCAUCCUUCGUUUGGAAUCGCCGGUACCGAACUUCGCGGCGACACAAUUGCUGAACAGAUGGUGGAAUUGGGCCGUGGGUGGGAAUGGUGGCCAUCUGCAUUGUGGCAAGUCAUUUGGACAUGGAUAAUCGCCCCGAUACUCAUUUGGAAAGCAUGGGGUAUCCGUGACACGCUGGGAUGGCGCCUCCAGACUAUUGGCUGCUGUGUCUCGAAUCUCCAUGCAACACCCUUGUGGCUUAUCGCCAUGUAUGUGCCGGCCUUUGCGCCGGUCAACAAAUAUUUCAUUCCAAGCCAAUGGAUUCAACUUUCCGUCAUGAUGUUCGAAGUUUUUACCAUUUUCGUUCCGUGUUGGCAAGUUGUACGACACCGCAGCCUACGAAAAAGAGCAGCUGAUUCGAACGCCAGGUGGGACACAACAUCGCAAGCCACACUCAGAGCUUCAAACUCCGGAGAGUGGAAGUCUAUGUCUAACGCCGAAAAAGGCCCCACGAUAGAUAUACUCGAUAAGGAAAUGGGCGACCGCCUGUUUACCUUAGGUGCGCUCGAUCAUGUGCUGAACGGGAACCCGGGUCCUUUACAAGAGUUUUCGGCGUUAAGAGAUUUCUCCGGAGAGAAUAUCGCUUUCCUGACAAGUGUCGCCUCUUGGAAAGUAUCAUGGCCCGGGCGCGAUAGUCAGGAUCGGUUACGCGAUGCGUUCACCCGUGCGCUAGUGAUUUACACGGACUUCAUCAGCCCUAGAGAUGCCGAAUUCCCCAUUAACCUAUCGUCGCAGGAUCUCAAGUACCUCGAAGCUAUUUUUGAGCGCCCGGCACGGAUAGUAUGCGGCGAGGCAAGAGUGGACCCAGCUACGCCGUUCGCAGUAGAAGGAUCACCUCGAACUCGACGCGCGGGUAGCGACGCUGAUACAGAAGAGACUGAUGGCGACUGGAUUGAGCUUGGGCAAAUCGCCGGCAUGUUACAGUAUACUGGUGAUAUCCCUGAUGAUUUUGAUGCUACUGUUUUUGACCGCGCGCAGGCGCAUGUUAAGUAUCUGGUUCUAACUAACACAUGGCCCAAAUUUGUCACCGAGAUGCAACAGCAAAGGCGUUCCGGCGAGACCGAGCGGAGUGGUGAUACAGGACACUCAGGCUCAACACUAGCGAGCCGAAUUUCGCAGUUAAUACAUACAUUUAUGUAGAAUAGAAAAAAGCCAUCUCAAUGAUGUAUACCCAAAAGUUCAAUAAAGUAAAUAAUACAAUUAUGUUUGCGUUGAGAAAGCAUGCAUGAUGGUACCGGCUUAUUCUGACAGCGCUGUAAGCUGCAGUUUUGCGAAGCGCUGAUAAGUUGUAAUAGGUAGCGCAUAUAGGUACCUGAGUACCUAUAUGAAGGCCGCACGAUGUCACUGUCGGAUUUCUCGGGCUCGACUGUACUUGUUGUCAUCCAUAAGCUGCCCAGAAAUUUUCUUUUUUUUCUUACGUGGGUUCUGCAUCCUUUCGAUGGUAAGUAGCUUUUGGUUUGCACGUGUAGAUUAGGAUUAUCGUCCUAAAGAUCCUAAAGAUACAAGCGCUGAAGCCAAGGAUGACCGUCUAUGUCAUUGUACAGGCUAUCCCCUGAGAUGUUGACAUUUAGCAGGCUUCUGUAAGUGAAUACAAGGUGAUUAGGGAAUGCCAUUUUCCGUAGGGUAUAGAAGAAUAAAAUAUAA